GACGGAUUCUCAUUUCGAGCAGUGUUUGACUGUGUGUGUGCACAAAUUCGAGCAGAAAGUGACAGAGACAGAGAGUUGCUCAAAAUGCAAAAGAGAAAAAAGCACAAACUUUGCUCAAAACUCAGCAGCUGACGAAUCUGUCAACGGAGAUACGCGUCGAAACAGUUGUGUUUACAAUUUUCUGCUACACGCACGAAGAAUGUUGUGAAAAAAGUAUUGAGGGGAGGCGAACGUGUUUAUCUACAGUUUAAUUUCUACGGCCUCCAAAUGGUCAUUUUCGGCGUGUACAUCGUGAACAAAUCCGGUGGGUUGAUAUUCAACCUGGACCACAACUUGCCCAAAAUAGAAACGGAGAAAACGUUCAGCUAUCCGUUGGACAUCAAUCUGGAGUAUGAACCGAAAAGGAUUUCCGUUGCAUUCGGCCAGCGUGAUGGAAUCAAUGUGGGCCAUCAUUUGAUAAGUGUCAACGGGAUGCAGGUAAAUGGGGCGGUUCUCGAGGAUGGUCGGGACGUGAAGGAAAUUAUCGAAAGUAAGGAUAGCUAUCCGCUGUCGUUAAAGUUCAGUCGACCGAAGAUGACAACGAAUGAGAAGAUUUUUCUGGCCAGCAUGUUCUACCCACUGUUUGCCAUUGCCAGCCAGCUAAGCCCGGAACCGAAAAGCAGCGGCAUUGAGGUGCUGGAAGCCGACACAUUCCGAUUGCACUGCUUCCAGACGCUGACCGGCGUAAAGUUUAUGAUAUUCGCGGAAAACAUGCAGACGGGUAUCGAUGUGCUGCUGAGGCGAAUUUAUGAGCUGUACGCCGAUUACGUAUUGAAGAAUCCGUUCUACUCGCUCGAAAUGCCGAUCCGUUGUGAGCUGUUCGAUACGAAUCUGCAGGCGUUGUUGGAUCAAGUGGAGAAAGGCGGCGUGGCUAACAUUUAAGUGAUGAUGAAUCGUUUAACAUAAAUUAAUCGACAUAAUACAAGCCUAUAGCUUCAAGGAAA